AUAUAUAAUUGAAACAGAUUCAAGUGACCAUAGUUAUGGAGGAGUAUUAAAGUAUAAAUAUAACAAAGAAAAGAUAGAACACCAUUGCAGGUAUUGCUCAGGAUCAUAUACUAAAGCACAAGCAUAAUGGGAAAUAAAUCAAAAGGAAUUAUUUGCAUUAUAUAAAUGUUUGUUAGCAUUUGAACCAUAUAUAGUUUACAAUAAAUUUAUUGUAAGAACAGAUAACACACAGGUAAAGUGGUGGAUAACCAAAAAGAUAGAUGAUUCAGUUACAACAAAAGAAAUAAGAAGAUUGAUAUUAAAUAUAUUGAAUUUUACAGUUACAAUUGAGAUUAUUAAAACUGAUGAAAAUCUUAUUGCAGACUACCUCUCAAGAAAGAGAUAUAAUGAAAGAUCUAUUGGCAAUGAUCACAAACCUAUGCCAGAAAAUAGAAAAAAUAGAGACAGAGGUACAAAAUCUGAAAGCUAAUAGUCAGCAGCAUGACUCUAAAAAUGCGGAACUACGUCCUUCGGCAGACGAAAAACAACCAGAACUAAAGGGAGACGUUGGGAAACUCCUUAAAACCCAUGACAUUACUGAUGUUGCAGGUACAAGCAAAGGAGUUAUGGAGAAACCUACACCAAAAAACACAAACCUAAAUAGCGUAUUUACCAAACCAUUUACUCCAAAGGUACAGAUAAUAGAUACUUCAGCACCACAAACAUCUCCGCAUGCAGCUAGCCUUUCAGCACCACAAACAUCUCCGCAUGCAGCUAGCCUGCAUAAAGAGAAGAAAACAUAUAACCAUAUAUCCCGAACAUAUAUUGAAAACCUAUUCAAGAUACAAAACUUUUUGAAUCAAAAAUCCAAAUCUACCACGACAUUAGAAAAAACCCAAGACUACCUAACCCAAAAACUACAAGUUUAUAACAAGUUAAUUGCACAACCAAAAACUAAUCCAAACCUAGUAAAAACUUGUUAUAACUAUGGAUUAUUAAAUACAGUCUAUACAUAUACAGGUGAAGAAAUAUGUGGAAUCCCAGAGGUCCACAAAGCAUUUUUAAUAUAUAAAAAGUUAACAAAAGGAAACUUAUUUUUCAUAAGAUUCUACACAGCACCAGCGGAGAUACUCUAUGAUGAAAUAAAGCCAAUGAUCCAGAUAGUCAAAAUUGGGCUAACGCGGGAAAUGAUAAUCCCAGAAGAUAUAGGCCAACAGCCAGAGAUAACAAGAGUUGAGAUACCCAGUUUCUAUGCCAAUAAAAGUAUAAUUGGAUUAUCAACUAUUAUACAAGAGCUAGCAAAUAACUAUCUGCAAGGCAACGCCAUAUGGAGUUAUUAUUCGAGAGAUCACUUAAUGAUAUAUGCCAAUUCGCGAGAAAUAAGACAAGCAGAUAUGGAAGAAGUCCAAAAAUGGAUUUUGUCCCUGUUAAAACAAAAAGCUACGCCAACAACUAGAGCAAUAAAGCAAGGAUUCAUAUCCGAAGAACUAAUGACAAGAUAUUGCAAGCUAGUUGGGCACAAAUACCCAGACCAUAUUUGUUCAAAAUGUAACCAAGGGGAUGACAUAAUCCCUGAGGUAAUUUUAGAAUAAAAAAAAAAGGUAGUAAAGUAUUUUAUUUUUUGUGUCGGCUGAAUAUCAGCCAUAUGUACAAAGUAAUAGUCUUUUAUUUUUGUCGUGUUGUGUCGGCUGUAAAAAGCACAUUAUAAAAGUCGUAAAGUAAAUAGUAAGUGUGUCGGCCAAUAAUAAAGAUAGGCCACUAAGUUUUUAGUUUUUAGCGUCGGCCAAAUGUAAAAAGACCAAGUGUAAAGUAGGUGUCGGCCAUUUUUGGCCAAAGAGGUAAGAUUCUUGUAUAUAAAUAGAGGGUUUCCCCUCAUAAAUAAAACCAAAAUCUUGAUCGAAUAUUUUUCAUAUGAGAGACUAUCAUCAACUCCCAAACCCUGUAAGGGAACUAUGGAUGUCGGAUCACCAAAACACUUUUUCAACAUAGAUACAUGGAAAAUGGGAUGCACCGAUGCAGAAUCAUUUGAAAAAAUGUAACUCCUAAACAACCUUAGCAUUACACUUCAAAAUCUUAUAUGGGACUAAGCUUCCCUUUCUUAACAAACCGCAUUACACUCUUCAUGGGUGAAAUUUUCACAUAAAAUCAACCAUUAACAUCAAAAUAAAGAACCCUUCUUCACACAUCGGCAUAUGACUUUUUCUGACUAUAAGACAUUUUCAACCUCUCUUAUAAGUCAAACUUUCUCAAUGGCCUCGCGUACCAACUCGAGAACUAUCAAAGCAAUUUCACCCACCACAAACCAACCUAUGUGAUAUCUUUACUUGGUACCCUCCGCAUGCCCAUCGAUUCGGGGGUGAUGGGUCAUACUAAGCUUAACUUAGUUAGAAGACCCUCUUGAAAAGAUUUUCAAUACUUAUAGGUAAAUUGGGUGUCACUAUGACGCCUCGAGUCACCCCUGAGACGUGGACACGGGACCUAGGACAACAAGUGAUCCCAAGCUAACCCUGAUGGCAUGAUCAUGUGUAUACUAGAGAUAAUAAACAGGUGUGGAAGCUAAAUCAUAAUUAAAACUAAAUAUGGGAAAUACCCAUAUACUACCACAGAGAUAUAUGAAAAUUGAUCAAGUUAAUACAAAGAAGAUGUUAACUCAAUACUAAGCUGAAACUAACUAUUCAUGAAAAUAGCCUAUAACUGGCUAGAAAUGUUAGGAUAUGUCCCAGCUAAGUCUAGCAAAACUGAAACUAAAGGACUAAAAAUACUGAAAUAAAAUCAUGUCUAAAGUUCUUUGAGAAUAAGGAUUUACCAUUCUGCUCAACCUGAAAUGGGGAAUCAAUAUAAGUGUGAUAUGGAAAUUAAAAAAAUUUGAACCUACAUAACAAUUAGAUAUAGCGUGCGUUUGUGUCCGUACUUGAAAGGUAACAAGCAUGAAGGAUAGACUAAAGUUUAAAUAAUGCAUAACUUACCAAAGUAGUAAAGAAAUUAUAUAAUCUUAACAUGAUAUAGAUUCCUAUUUCUUAGAUAAAUAAAUGCAGUGACCAAUUUAUAACAUGCUUAAAUUGAAUACUAGAUAUACUGAUAAAUGGUCAAUGCAAUGGAAUUUUAUUGAACUGUGAGAGAUACUUAUAACCAAUAAUAAAACCACGUGAGUUAAAUGUGGAUUCUGAUGGAUACACUCCAUCGAGAAGACCCAAUAUACCCUGCCAAAGGUAUAAAGGCAUGCUGGCGUGAUCACUAAGUUGAUGCCCACAGAGGGGACUUACAACCUACUUGGCUAGUAGUUCUAGUACUAUUUGGGUAUGAUGAACCCUAGUGUGAUUCGGUAUUAUUCUAAUCCUACUGAAUUAAGUACUUAACUUAUUAUGACUGAGUUUUCAUAAAUACUAGAUAUCUUAACUGAACAUGCAAACUAAGAAUAGAACAAUUAAUAUGGUAAUGAUGCAUUAAUAAUUGAGGCAUGUAUAGUUAAAUAACUGAAAUACUUGAACUAACAUGUGUAAUUCAAUAACUAAAGAUAUACAUAGCUAGGGUUAUUAAAUUCAUGCAAUAAAUUGAGUAAUAACAUGGUAAUCUGAUUUGGAACUUGUUAAUAAAUAAUUCAUGAUGAUCCGGUGUAAUUCUAGAAAUCCUAGGUGUAUUUAUAAUAAGGUAAUCAAUAAAAUUACUUAAUUAUAGGGACCCAAUGGGCGAAAUAAACCCACUAAUGAAAUCCUAUAUACCUAUUGAUGAGUUCAAGUGAGAAAUCUUUCGAUUUUGGGGCUGGCAUAGAUGGAAACUUCCAACAUUAUUAAACUAGCGUUCUUGACCUUUUCCUUCUCUCUUCUUCUAAUUUUUUAUGUUUUGAUUAAUGAUUUUUACUUGGGUAAAUCCUAGUUAUGUUUCUAUGUUUAAACUUAAUAAAACGUCAUGAUUUAGGGUCUAAAGAACAUAGCUUUUGGGGACAAACGAACAAGGAAAAUAUCAAAUGACCCUGACUUAAAAGUUUGUCAAAACCAUUGACAGAUUUGAUUAAUGAACGAUCAGUUUACUGAUGGUCGAUACUGGUCGACCAUUAUCUCUGACUUAUAACGAUAAGUCAACUGCUGAGCUGACGGAGUGGACUAAUCGACCAUUAGUCAACUAAAGAUCUGUACUGGUUCAUCCUCGUUUGCAACUAAGAACAAGGAUUUGACUAGUCUAUCCACGGAGUAGACUAACAUACCGUAAGUCGAUUGACGGUUUGUACUGUCCGACUAUCAUUCACGACUGAGAAUUGGGAGUUUUAUGGACCAUCGAUGGAGUCCAGUGACUGACCGUAAGUCGAUUGAUGGUCUGUAGUUGGAUCCAUCGUUGGCACCUACAACUUCUUAAAGUCUUAAUUUUUGGUCUGUUUUGGAUACAGAGUGUUACAUUAUCUACCCUUUGCAACAAUUCGUCCUCAAAUGAAGACUAAACUAUCUCAAAUAGAGGGAGAGGCUGUAAUCCCUACCACUAAACAUUGAAAACUAAAUUUUUGAGUGCAUUGAGUUCCAAGAACAUACAAAUAUGCUUAAAAUGUAAGUAAAAAUUGAGAGAACGUGAUUCUAAUACUGAAUUCAUGAAUAAAUGACUGUAAAACAAUAGAGGAACCAUUACCUCAAUAUGGAGUGGACUCAGAAGGAAAGAUGUGAGGAUACUUAGAUUUCAUAGUUGCUUAUGCUUGCAAGUAGCUAUCUCUACAGACUACCUCCUUAACAAAACCUUCACUAAAGCGACUUCUUUGUUUCUCAACCUUCUAACCUAAUGGUCAAGGAUCUCAACUGAUAUAUCCUUAGAAGAAAUACUAUAUUUCACAGCAACACUAUUUAAUGGCACCAUGGAGGCUAGUUAACCCACACACUUCUUCAAAAGUGAGAUGUGGAAGACCGAGCACACUCCUGCUAGUUCUAACAGAAAUUAUAAAUCAUAUGCCAGUUUUCCUACACUUUUCAAGAUUUUAUAACGGCCUACAUAUCUAAGACUGAGCUUCCCAUUCUUGCCAAAUUUUAUCACCCCCUUUAAAGAAAACCCAAUGAUCAACUUGUAACUCUAAAUCCUUUUCUUAAAUCUGCAUAUGAUUUCGUAUGACUAUGGAUUGUCUUAAGUCUAUCUAUAAUGAGUUGCACUUUCUCCAUAGCAUAAACGAUUGAAUCAUGUCCUUAAGAGAAGCUUCAUAUACUUCAAACCAACCAACAAGAGAUCUACAUCUAUGCCCACACAAUGCCUCAAAAGGGGCCAUCUGAAUGUUGGAAUAGUAGAUAUUGUUAUAGGCAAACUCAAUAAGAGUAAGGUGAUCAUUCAAACUACCACUGAAUUCGAUUACACAAGAUCUUAAUAUAUCCUCUAGGGUCUUAAUUGUACGCUCUGCAUGUUCAUCCGUCUGCGGAUGAAAUGUUGUGGUAAGGUUAACUUGAGUACCAAGACCCUUCUGAAAUGACUUCAAGAUAUGAGAGGUAAACCGAGGACUUCUAUCGGAGAAUAUAGACAAAAGAAUCCCAUACAACCUCACAAUUUCACUAAUGUAAAGCGUGGCAUAGUCCUCUGAUGAAUUUGUAGUGUUGACUGCCAAAAAGCGAGAAAACUUAGUUAUGCUAUCAACUAUCACCCAAAUAGAAUCAUGUUGUAUGCGUGAAAGGGGUAACCCUAUGAUGAAAUAAAUAUUUAUAAAUUCCCACUUACAAGUAAGAAUGUUUAUGUCUUGAGUCAUAAUGUGUAUGUCUUGAUUCAUACCCCCUCGUUUCUGAUGUUCUACCUUGACUUGCUGGAAAUUGGGUCACUUACUAACAAAAUCUGUUAUAUCCCUCUUUAUGCUAUUUCACUAAUAGACUUCCUGUAGAUUCAUACAUCUUAGUAACACCUGAAUGUAAAGAAUAUAUAGUUGUUUUUUUAAGAAUAUGUUGUCUCAACUCACCCACAUUGUGAAAACUACCUUGGUAACGAAAUACACCAUCUCCCCCCUUGGAGUUUUACUUCCACUCUCUGAUUAUAGACUGCACCCUUAAGUUAAAGAAAGAUUGGAUCACACACUUGCUUUUCCUUAACCUCCAAUACAAAAGAAGAUUCUUCCCCAUUCUGAACUGUUACACCACUAUUUGAUAUGCUCAUAAGUAGAACUCCCGAGCGAGCAAGCCUGUGAACAUCUUUCACUAGUUCCUUCAUUUCUUCCUUAACCUAGGCUACACUACCCAAAGAUAAUCUGGUAAGAGCAUGUGCUACUUCAUUUACCUAACCAGGAUGGUACGUGUAAUGACAUAAAGUACACCCUAGUCAUUACUGGCGUCGUCGUCCUCUAUGAGGAAAAAGACAAGCCCUUUGUAUUUGUCAUAGCACAUCACAGGUAAAAAAAUAUGGGAAAAAUUUAAACGUUUUGUUAAUAUAGAAAGGAGGUUUACAUAGACUUCUACGUAGGAAUCAUACAUAGGUUUCUCGAAUAAACAACAUAAAAUACAUAGGAAUUUAGUCUAAUACUUUGUCUCAUAUUAAACAAUCUAAUGAAUGAAUCGCAAUAGUUUAAGCAUAGCCUUUAGUCUAUUAGAAUAUACCAUAUAGGCUACAAUGAAAGUCUCAACAUCAGAAUCGACAAUUCCCACUCUCUCACGUUUAUCUCUCCACUCUCACGCUCAAUCUCACUUAUUAUUUCUCAUGUUUUUUUCUGACAAAAUAGUAUACAAAAGCAUAAAAUAAAUCAAGUUCUUCACCCAUGAAGAACUCAGACGAAAUUACACGAAAAGAAUUGUUAAUUGCACACAGGCUAAGGGAGGUUGUCGUUGAAGUGGAGUUGAUAUUGAGGAGGCUUAGACGUGUUCUUGGGUGAAGUUUUUGGGAAUCAAGUCAAGAUUUUAACAUAAAAAAUGUAUGGGUUCUCUUCCCCCUUGGUCCCUUUCCGAAGAGACCCCUUAUGGUCAGACAAAUCUAUUCCAAAAAACUAGGAUUGUUCCCUGUUGCAUGUC